UCAUUUGUAUCCAGCAAUCUAUCGACUCCUCCGCCGCCCCAUUUCAAAUUUCAUGGCGUUUCACGGUGCUUUGCAAUCGCUGCGAUCGCUCAGCAGGGGCCCAUCCACCAGGUAUUCUUUCCCUUACCUUCCUUCCCCAAUUUCAUCAUCUCACUUCUCAGCCCUUUAUGCUCAAUCCAAUUCGUUGCAUGAUGACCGUCCGAUCAACAACCAAUCUACUCCCCACGAACGAUUUGUUCUUGAUCAACUCUCUAAUCUGUUACCAGUACCUCUUAAUAAUUCGGCUCCAAAACAAUUGGAACCGAGUAAUUCGGAGAAGCCGAUAAAUGUUAGGGCCCCUGACGGUUUCUUGUUGCCGGAUGAGAAAUUGCGUGGUGUUUUUCUUCAGAAAUUGAGGGGUACAACUGCAAUUGAGCAUGCUUUGGACAAUGUCGGUGUCGAUUUGAGUGUUGAUGUUGUUGCACAGGUAGUGAAUAGAGGGAAUUUAAGCAGCGAAGCGAUGCUUAUGUUCUUUAAUUGGGUGAUUAAGAAGCCCGCCAUAGCGAAAGAUAUCCACACGUAUCAUAUAAUCCUCAAAGCAUUAGGCAGAAGAAAGUUCUUUACACAUAUGAUGCACAUUUUGCAUAACAUGAGGGCACGAGGUAUAAGUCCCGAUUUGGAGACCAUAUCGAUUGUAAUGGAUAGUUUCGUGAGGGCUGGAUAUGUGUCCAAGGCAAUUCAAGUGUUCCGAAACUUGGAAGAAGUUGGUUUGGAUUGUGAUACUAAGUCUUUGAAUAUGCUUGUACAGUGUUUGUGCCAGCGGUCUCAUGUAGGUGCUGCAAAUUCGUUUCUCAAUUCCGUCAAGGGGAAGAUACAGUUCAAUGGUACUACGUAUAAUAUUGUCAUUGGUGGAUGGUCAAGAAAUGGAAGAGUUAGUGAAAUGGAGAGGAUUUUGGAAGUAAUGGUAGCAGAUGGGUUCAGUCCCGAUAAUUCGACAUUCAGUUUCAUUAUUGAGGGUUUAGGGAGAGCUGGUCGGAUUGAUGAUGCUGUUGAGAUAUUUGAUAGCAUGAAGACAAAAGGUUGUGUGCCAGACGCCAGAGCUUAUAAUGCCAUGAUUUCAAACUUUAUCUCUGUUAGAGGUUUUGAUGAAUGUCUGAAGUACUAUAAGGGUAUGCCAAGUAAUAAUUGUGAUCCAAAUAUUGAUACUUAUACCAAAUUAAUUGAUGCUUUCCUUAAAGCCCGGAAAGUGGCUGAUGCUCUUGAAAUGUUUGAUGAGAUGUUAGGUCGAGGUUUUCUUCCCAGUACAGGAACAUUAACCUCCUUUAUUGAACCCUUAUGUAACUACGGUCCACCCUAUGCUGCGAUGAUGAUCUACCAGAAGGCAAGAAAGGUUGGAUGCAGAGUAUCAUUGAGUGCUUAUAAGCUAUUGCUUAUGCGACUUUCUAGGUUUGGCAAAUGUGGAAUGUUGCUAAGCAUUUGGGAGGAUAUGCAGGAAUGUGGAUAUGGUUCGGAUAUGGAAGUUUAUGAUUAUAUAAUUAAUGGAUUUUGCAACAAUGGGCAGCUUGAAAGUGCAGUACUUGUCAUGGAAGAGUCUGUGCAGAAAGGUUUUUGCCCAACCAGGCUUAGUUAUAGCAAACUAAAUAACAAACUACUUGCUUCAAAUAAAGUAGAGCGGGCUUACAGGCUCUUUUUAAAAGUUAAAGAUGCUCGUCGUUAUGACACUGCACAGAGAUUUUGGCGUGCUAAGGGAUGGCAUUUCUGAAUUGACAUCAUUGAGGUGUCAAGUAAAGAUAUUUUAUGUUCUUUGAGGGAUAUAGCAGUAUCUUGCUUUUGUUCCUUAAGAGUUGGCUGCAAUGUGUUUGACAAAAUUCCUACAACUAUGUUUCCCAAGGGGAAGUCUAUGAACGAAUGAUAGGCCACUGCAUUAGUUCAUUUAAUCCCCAGGAAGGCUAACCACUUCUUCAUCUUGUCCCCAUGACGAACAGUGGAUCUGUCUCUGGCUGUUCUAGGAAGGCCAGACAAGACUGCGGUUACUGUAUUACAGAGUCCUGAAAUAAUGAUCUGCUAUCCAUUAUAUGGAUAUCAAAUUAAGGGAUUUACAAGAGUGAGAUUUCCGAAAUUAAAGUUUGAUGGUUGCGGAGAAAAAGAGAGUUCCGAAGUGAAGCAUGAUGUGCUAGUGCUACUGAAAUGCGAAGGUGAUUGUGGUUUAGGAACUGGUACAAAUGGACGAGGAUGCUGACGAUACCAUGGGAAAGUAUUGGUCUAGAAUAAAGUCCUGAGAAAGGUUCAAGGUAAACGUUGAUUAUCUGAUCAGUACUUAAUAAAUUUGAAAUAUCUUUUUGGUAGUGGGUUGAAGAGUGGUUUUGUGCGGCGGUGGUUUGUAGUCUUCAUUUGAAAGUUUCCAGUUCAAAAUAUGAGUUGCCCAAACAUUUAAUGGAUGGGCAGGAACCUAGCCUGUUCAGAAUGGUUAAGGGGGGGCGUCUCGUCAUAUAGCAGGCAAGGAAAGACUGAAAACGGAAAACAAGCCAAAAGAGAAACCAUUUUGUGAGUUCAGUUGUCUUGCUUAUGAAACUUGACCUCUCCAGCCGUCCAGCGUCACUGUCAUCGUGACAUUUGAAAGAAUAGCAAUAUUGGUGUAUCAUCAGUUGGGAAGAUUCCGGGGCAGCUGCCGGACUUUGUUUUCACCAUUAGCAAUAUUGGUGUUGCUUCCGUAACUACCAGUUGAAUUACCAAUUAAUUAAUGUCUAGCUAGCUCUUUCUGCAAAUUCAGUGGUAAACUUUUCCC